AUGGAGAGCGUAAUGGAACGCGAUGAUUCAUCGGUGGAUGUGGUCACUCUCGAAACACCGAACCUAGCCAAUAUGGUAUCUGCAAAUUCUGCAUCUUUACCUGGUGACUUUCCAUCAACUGCUGAAUUAAUGCAGAAAUGCUUAGCCGUGAAUCCAUUCGAGCUGAAGUUUCGUGAAGCGAAUCGUCAGUUUAGUCAAGGAAAUCAGGAACUCUUAGAGCAGAAUGGAUUAGUGCCUGCAACCCUGUCGCUACCAACAUCUCAAGGUAUCACUUUGCUGAAGUUACCCACUUCUCUAGCUCUAGAGCAUUCACCGGGUAUCUUUUCCAACAUCAACUUUCCAUCUGCAGAUCUCGACGGCGAAAACUAUGAUUUUGCACGUCUCUUGCAACACAUGAAAGAUAACGGAGGUUUAUCAACGCAGAGUUCACGAAUUGAUAAUGACGCGACGACGUCGAGUGGUCAAGCACCUCGAACUGCAGACGUGCUGAAUGCAGUUCUCGAUAUGCAUUCGGAUAGACUGAGUAGCUUCAAUUAUCUCGGUUCUGGUGGCAAUACCACUUCGUCACCUCUUGUUAGUUGCUCUUUUCUUUCGAAACCAACCAUACACGGUGCCACACCGGGCGGCACGAUUCCAUCGACAGCCGCAAUAGCAGCAUCGUUGGCCAGUGCAGCUGCGUCGGUAUCAGUGCCAACGACCAGUAGUAGUCUUAUCAACAGUAGUAGUAGUAAUGUCUUAGAUGGCAACGUAAGUGCUAUACCGUCGGUGUUGUUAAGUCCGUCGUGUUCAUCAACGAACAGCUCAUCGUCCGUAUCGUCUUCAUCAUGUGUAGCUGCUUCUGCGACAGCUCAGUCCACUGCUGUAUCUCAAGCCCAAUCCGCCUCGUCGUCCACAUCCAGUAACUGCAUCACAGCGCCGAUUCCCUCCCUGCAACCAUUGAUUACCACCAACUCAAUGAUAGGUUUAUCGCAACUCCCUGCAGCCGUUCCCGUGACCAAUGCAGCACUGUCGACUGCAAGUGCAUUGACAACACUAAGCUCGUCAGCAACAUUACUGGCUGCAGCUGCAUGCAGUUCUGCUGGUUUAUCGUCGUCUACCACCCAGCCACUCUCCAUCAAUGUGUCAUCACCUUCGUCCGCUACACAUCACCACCAUCCGAUGCAGGCACGAACGGUGUCUGUCUCACUGAAUGAUCAACAGCAAUACUUUGAUCACGAAGAGGUAUAUCCAAACGCGCAGCAACAAGAUGCAGUGCAAAAGGUAAUUAACGAACAGCAAUCGUCACAAGGACCGAGGAGCGUUGAAAGUGAAGUGUCAAUUCCGUCGACAAGUCGGAGCGGUGGACGAGGUCGGGGUCGAACCUCAUUGACUGCUGAUCUGCCACCCGAUGAGCGCAGAGUGACAAUUCUGGAGAGGAAUAAGGCGGCAGCAGUUCGCUAUCGAAAACGAAAGAAGGAAGAACAUGACGAAAUGAUCACAAGAGUGCAAAUGCUUGAACAGGAGAAAAAUGCUUUAACGACCCAAAAUCAAGUGCUGAGACGUGAGCUGGAAAGAGUGACAGCGCUGCUGAAAGCAUACGAGUCCAGGUGUGUUUGCCGAUUAACGAACAUGAAUGAGGUAUCAUUACGAUCCGAUUCACCGGUCGUUGACGUUGAUGUAUUAUCGUCCCCAAAUAACAAUAGUAAUAAUAAUAACGGUGCGGCAGCCACAUAUCUUGCACAACAACCAAUCGUUAAUGCACUUCACGUGAAGAAAUUAUCGAAAUGA